AUGGCGUCACAACAGAUCCGAUCUCAGCGUGAAGAUGCCCAAGUAUUCACCGGCGAAGAUCUAUGCAAAGAGAAAGCGCAAGAAGUCCUCGCCAGAUUCUCCCUACCAAAAGGCCUGAUUCCGAUGACUGACGUGACGGAGAUCGGCCACAACGAAUCCACAGGGUUCGUGUGGGUUCGCCGGAAGAAGAAGACUAAUCAUCUCUUCCGUGCGAUUGGUCGGAAUGUGUCGUACGAUAGCGAAGUAACGGCGUUGAUUGAGAAUCGGCGGAUGCGGAAUCUAACAGGUGUUAAGAGCAAGGAGCUUUUGAUUUGGGUGACGAUUUCGGAUAUCUUUGCGGAUGAGUCCGGGAAGAUAACGUUUGGAACUCCGGCGGGGCUGUCUCGUACGUUUCCGACGACGGCAUUUGAAGAAGUGGAGUGA